UGUGGCCCCUUUUUAAAAUAUUUUGUCAUUUAUAGCGGAAGAAUUUAUUUCUAAGCCCCUCUACUAAUGAAAUGCUGUAGUGUACAACUUUAGACCUUUUAGGAAGAAUUAAAGUUACUCAAAUUCUGGGGAAGCUUUCACUCAAGAGUCUUGUUUCUGUUAUACAUUUGUUUCCUGCUCUUUGUUCCAAGACUUAGGUACAAUUAAAAUGAUCGGAGGAAGUGCAAUAAAAAGAAGCAGAGAGAGAACACAAUGGAGAGUGGAAAACAAAAGGCGUUGGGUUAAGAAACAACAGACAAACAGAUCCCCACAGUCGUUCUCUUAUCACGGCGCUCUGUGGCAGUCAGCAGUCCGGGCUCGCUGCUGUUGCUGCCUCUGCACUGUCCGGCACACACAGUGCUCCUGCGAUCACCUGACAGUCUCAUGUUUUUGUGUGAAUUUAGUUCACCGCUAUUCUUAGACCCUGCUUUGGCUGACAGAGGAGAGGAGUAGAGAGAGAGGGAGAGGGCUGGAAAAGGACUGGCAGACUUGCAAUGAUGCCCAGCUGGCCUAUCCCCCAGCUGGAUCCCAGUCAGAUACGGCUGAUAGUGUAUCAGGACUGCGAGAGGCGUGGCAGAAAUGUCCUCUUCGACUCCAAUGCGAAAAAGAAGGGCACGGAGGAAACCCCCGUCACAAACACCGAGGGCCAGGGGAAGAUGUUCGGGAAAUGCUGCCAGCUCCGUCCUACAGGAGGCAGCAGCAGUUCUCUGGAUAGCUCCUCCUCCUGCACCUCUGAAACCAAGGAACCUAAGGAGCAGGGCAUACGCUUCCAGGGUAACAACAUGACACCUCUCUGCUCCUCCUCUCCUCACCAGGGUUCUAGGUGUUCGUCUGAUGUGGUCAUGCUGGGGGAAAUGAUGUUUGGCUCUGUGGCUAUGAGCUACAAAGGUUCCACGCUGAAAAUCCACCAGAUCAGAUCGCCACCUCAGCUGAUGCUUAGUAAGGUCUUCACCGCCAGGACGGGAGGCAGUGUGUACGGCAGUCUCAACACGUUACAGGACAGCCUAGAGUUCAUUGGACAGGACAGCAACACACUGAGGCCCGAUCAAAACACGGCGCCCAACAGCCUCCUAGGGAACAUAGGAUUUUCUCAGCUGUGCAGCCCACGACGGGCCUUCUCUGAACAGGGCCCUCUGCGCCUCAUCAAGAGCGCAUCUUUCUUUUCAGGCCACAGUCACCCCAUGGACAUGCCUGGCCGAGGGCUUCACGACGAGAGGGACAGCGGUAUCGCCAGGUCAGCUUCCCUGAGCAGCCUGUUGAUCACCCCCUUCCCGUCUCCCGGCUCCUCCCUCACCAGCAGCUGUGCGUCCAGUUACCAGCGGCGAUGGCUCCGCAGCCAAACCACCAGCUUAGAAAACGGCGUGUUCCCCCGAUGGUCAGUCGAGGAGAGCUUCAACAUGUCUGACGACAGCGCCGGGCCGAUCCUCGGCGUGGCUCGGAAGAAGAAGAUCGCCAUCGGUGUCAUCUUCAUGCUGUCGCCCAACCACGAGGAGAACAACCGCUUCCAGGAUUUCUUUUUCUCCCACUUCCCUCUCUUUGAAAGCCACAUGAACAAACUCAAGAGCGCCAUCGAACAGGCCAUGAAGAGUCGGCGGUCAGCUGAUGCCAGUCAGAGAGCCCUGGCUUACAGCCGCAUGGUGGACGGACUCAACGAGUUCAGGAUGACAAUCUGCGACCUCUACACCAUGCCGCGGGUGACUGAGCCCGUCUGGUUGACGAUGAUGUCCGGGGCUUCGGAGAAAAACCAGCUCUGCGGUCACUUCAUGAGGGAGCUCUCGCUGCUGAUGGAGCAGGCCUCCAAGAACCAAUUCCUCCCUGCAUUAUUGACAGCCAUCCUGACCAAUCACCUGGCCUGGGUGCCCACCGUCAUGCCUAAUGGGCAGCCUCCAAUCAAGAUCUUCCUCGAGAAGCACUCCUCCAAGAGUGUUGACAUGCUCGCAAAGACGCACCCUUACAACCCGCUCUGGGCACAACUAGGCGACCUGUACGGGGCCAUUGGGUCCCCGGUGCGGCUGUCGAGGACGGUGGUGGUGGGCCGCCGACAGGAGCUGGUCCAGAGGCUCCUCUACGUCCUCACCUACUUCAUCCGCUGCUCCGAGCUACUGGAGACGCACAUGCUGGACAGCGCCGAGGACGAGGCCAUUGUCAUCCCCGGCUCGCUCAUCACCACCUCCCUGAGGAAGGGAGAGGUGGAGGAGUCGGACUACGUGCUGGUGACCGUCCACAAACCCAGUGGGGACUACCUGUCUCAGCCCAGCCACAGCCGGCAGACGGAGGCAGAGGACAGCAGUUAUCCCUCAGACAACAGCCUCCAGAGCAGCACGUAUACAGACACAGAGGGGGAGCAUGGUGGGGGACACACACCCAAGGAGGAGGAUGAGGAGGAGGAGGAGGAGGAAGAGGAGGAGGACAGCAGUGACAGUCAGGGGUCCAGGAGCAGUGUGCUUCAGACAGGGGAAGGUGCUGCUAUCAGGACGGCAGAAUCAGCCGAGCCCGGGCAGCUGCGGCGGGAGUCCAGCAGCCCGGUGGACCCCGAGGCCCGGCUGGAGACGGUGCUGCGUGUCGGCUCAUCGUCCCCCAGGGAGCAGGUCUGUGUGCUGGGCACGGAGACCAAGGGAGACCUGAGACUUAUUGUCCCGUCCAUACCCACAGCCCCGGAGUUAUCCCCAGCUCCUGUCCCCACAGAGCAGGAGCUCUCCGGGUCAGAGGCUGGGAUGGAUGCAGGCGUGGGGAAGCCGUCAGGGAGCCCUCUGGAGAAGAAGCCCCCCGAUAAAAACCCGCCUGCUGCUGUGGUGCCGGUACCAGGAAGCUCGGCGUCAGGGCCCAUGUCUCUGAUCCUGACAGAAGAGGACGAGCCGGCAACAAAAGUCACCUUCCUCAUCGGAGACUCCAUGUCUCCUGAGUCGGACACGGAGAGCCGCAGGAGGAAGGUGGAAGAGGAAAUGAAGAAGUACAAGAAGCAGCUGAAUGACAAACACCUGCAGCUGUUGCUGGAGCAGCAGAAACAGCAACACCAGCUGCAGCAUCACCAAGCCAAGGGCGAAGUGAACUCAAAGACCAGCAGCGGCGCUUCAGAGGACCAAACCAAGCAGACCAUGGCGGCCCCGGCCCUGCAGCGGACGUCCAGUAAGAUGCCCAGGUGGAGCCCCAGCUGUGCGGACGAUUUCGACGAGUACUUCAGCGUGGAUAACCCCGUGGAGACCAGGACUAUAGACGAUGUGGCCCAGCGAGCGCAGGUCGGCCGCACAGACAAUACGCACAAAGACCUGCUGGACCCCUCGGGAGUAGCCCGACCUGGGGACAUCAGGGGCCGCAGCAGUCCGGGUUUAGGUCUGUGUUUAGGUUCAGGGUCCAGCAGGAAAGGAGACACUCUGCUGAGUGUCCAGAGGAGGUGCAGGUGCGGCUCCAGCGAUUCCUCCGACACCUGCUCCUGCAGGAGCUGUUCUGCUGAGCAGGACAAUGGUCUCCUGCUGUCGGUCCCCGUCCCACAGGAUGGAAGCAGCAAGAGCAGAGAGGACCAAAAGCACAAGGCCACGCCGGUCAACGACUGGGAGAUCCCACGCAACGAGAGCUCGGACAGCGCGCUGGGGGACAGCGAGAGCGAGGACACCGAGGACUGGCAGGAGGAGAUGCUGCUGCCCUUCCCAGGGUCAAAGUUGGUGGAGAACUACUCCAAGCCAAGCAUUGCCAAUUUCGGACGCUCUCUGUUUGGAGGCUACUGCCACACCUACGUGCCAGACUUUGUUCUGCAUGGGUUGCCUAGUGACGAGAAGCUACGGCAGUGCCUCAUGGCUGAACUAACCCACGCUGUCCAGCAUCCAGUACUGGAUGAGCCUAUAGCGGAGGCUGUCUGCAUUAUAGCAGACACAGAGAAGUGGACAGUGCAGGUGGCCAGCAGUCAGAGACGAGCCACAGACGUCAACAAGCUGGGGAAGGAAGUCCUGGUGUCCAACCUGGUUUCCAACCUCCUGCUGUCCACUCACCAGCUCUACAAACUCAACCUCUCCCCCAACUUUUGUAUCAUGCACCUGGAGGACCGCCUGCAGGAAAUCUACUUCAAGAGCAAGAUGCUCGCUGAGUAUCUGAAGGGCCAGACAAGAGUCCAUGUGAAAGAGCUGGGCAUGGUGUUAGGAAUCGAGUCCAGCGACCUCCCCCUGUUGGCCGCGGUGGCCAGCACUCACUCCCCCUAUGUGGCCCAGAUCCUCCUAUGAGACUGUCAGACCUGGGGGGCUGGGUUGCCACUGCCCCCAAAAAAUAACCGUCCAUGCUUCACAGCUGACCCCUCUGUUCUGGGCUAAGAGGGAUCUUUGCGCUCAGCUUCCCCCCCCCCCCCCCCCCCCCCCCCCCCUGCGACUGAAGGUGGUGCAGUGCAGAUGUUUCACCACAGGGGGGAACUAGAGUCCCUCAGUUGGAGGCUCUGUGGAGGCUUCCCUGAAAGACCCUCUUGAAUGUUUCUUUUCGAGCAAGACUCUUUUAUUUUUGGACAAAAAAAACGCCAAAGACUUUAUAAAUGUUUCCAGGUGAGAAUGAGACAUUAAGGAUUUCUAGGUAUAACAUUGGAUUUUUUUUUCUUCUCUGUACAAUCUGUGUCAGACUACAAGACGGAUUUUUUUAUUUGAACAUUUUAAGGGUUAAUAUCAUUGAAAACUUUUAUCAAUCUCAUGCCAACUGUGUUAUUUCAUUUAUCUUCAUGUUUUUGUUUACAAGCCAAAUUUCCCUGAGAUAUCCCAGUGAUGCUUUUUAUUGUAAUCGAUGCACACGGUGAGGUUGUUUUUCGUUCGACAAACUGGUUUUGAAAUCGCUUAAAGUGGCUUUGACAUUCUUAUCAUAGGUACAGCUCUACCUCAGAUCUUCACAUGGGCUGAGGGUGUCGCCCAAUAGAAAACCCUGAGGUAAACUUUCUACGCUAUUUUAAUCAGAGGAAUGUCAGCGUCAUCUUCGUGCAGACCCUAUGCUGUGUUCUUCGGACAAGGGGAGUUUGAUAAAUUCCUGAGGAUGAUCGUUACACACAUAUUUUUUUAGAAUGUGUUUAAGAGGGGGGUUAUACUGUGGAUAAAAAGCUUGGACACGCAUCAUCUACAUGCAACCGAAAUGCUGAAAUAUUUUCACACUUUUAUAGCGUUGCCACCUUUUUACAAUGUUUACGGCUUCGAUGUUCGCUGCAGAGGAAAAAGAGGAACACGGCAGGCCUUAAAUGGAUUCAAAUAUGUAUGAGUUGACACUAUUUUCAUUAUUCUAUGACGGUUAUACUCACAGAAACACGCAGAAUAUAAAGCUCUAGUAGCACCCUUUAAAAGUGAUGUUUCUUUACAUUUUCCAUGACAUUGACAUGUGAUUUUGGCUGUUAUAUCUUUAAAGCCAGGGUGUAAUUUGGUGAGCGUAAAGAGGUUUAUUUCAUGUUUUUUUUGGGGGGGGGGGGAUUCUCUCCUGUGCAUACAAUGUUUUCUGCAGUGGGGGCCAAUGGUGUUUUGUUGUCAGUACUUUUUGUUGUAAGUACUUUUUUUCUUUUUCCCAUCGGCAUUGGAAAUAAGUCUAUAUUUUAUUAUCUCUUCAUUUAAACUCCAGACAUAAAAGGGAAAGUUAAACAUUUCCCAAUAAUAUUGAAUAUAGGUCAAAACAGGGAGGAAAUACUCUGUUUUAAAUAAAUAUGACGGUAGAGGGAGGAGCUUAAUUGAUCUCAAUAAAUAUUCAAAUGAGUACUUUCUGGAACAAACCUUCCACAAUGUCUAAAAAUGUGUGCUUAAAGAUUAGAGUGUAUACAUCGUAUGUUUAACUGAAUGCUCAGAAUGGCUUGUAUCGUUAGAAGAAGCAGGAGUAAUAUGUGUUUCUUCCUAUAAACUCACAUCCAUCCUGUAUAUGACCCAAGUCUUAAUAGAGAUGUGGCAUGAAUGCAUCACAGGCUUCUGGAGAGCACAUUUUGCUGGUAAAAUUUCUAGAGACGUUCUUGUUGCAUUGAAGAUGCUCCGCUGUAUCAGCCUACAUUUUGUACAACCCAGCCAUUAUGUUUAAAAGGUAUGCAUUUAUAUCUGCUUUCCUUCUUUGUAUAUGAAUAAAUUAUUUAGUUAGUUUAGCCCAUGGUAUGUGUAACGGUUCAUGUACUGUACAUACUCUUGUUUAUUUCUAUGUAUUUGUACAGAAUGUCUUUUAAGAAUUGUCUCCUCAAAUUAUUUUUUCCCAAUUUUAUGGGAAUGUUGUGCAAUAAAGACGCUGAUGUUAAGAAUUGA